CGGAGGCGGAGGCCGAGGCCCCGGCGCAGGGGUGCGCGCCCCGGGCCCAGGCCCGGCCCCAGCCGCCGCUGCGGAGUCCGCCGGGAGCCCCCGGAGCGCGGCCACGGCGCAGCAGCCGCCAUGGCCCAGACCCUGCAGAUGGAGAUCCCUAACUUUGGCAACAGCAUCCUGGAGUGCCUCAAUGAGCAGCGACUGCAGGGCCUGUACUGUGACGUGUCGGUCGUGGUCAAGGGCCACGCCUUCAAGGCUCACCGGGCUGUGCUGGCCGCCAGCAGCUCCUACUUCCGGGACCUGUUCAACAGCAGCCGGAGCGCUGUGGUGGAGCUGCCGGCAGCCGUGCAACCCCAGUCCUUCCAGCAGAUCCUCAGCUUCUGCUACACAGGCCGACUCAGCAUGAACGUGGGUGACCAGUUCCUGCUCAUGUAUACAGCCGGUUUCCUGCAGAUCCAGGAGAUCAUGGAGAAGGGCACCGAGUUCUUCCUCAAGGUGAGCUCCCCCAGCUGUGACUCACAGGGCCUGCACUCGGAGGAGGCCCCCUCAUCCGAGCCCCAGAGCCCUGUGGCGCAGACAUCGAGCUGGCCAGCCUGCAGCACCCCACUGCCCCUUCUGUCUCGGGUGAAGACGGAGCAGCAGGAGUCGGACUCUGUGCAGUGCACACCUGUGGCCAAGCGGCUGUGGGACAGCAGCCAAAAGGAGGCUGGGGGUGGCAGCAGCAAUGGCAGCCGCAAAAUGGCCAAGUUCUCCACACCAGACUUGGCCGCCAACCGACCACCGCAGGCCCCGGUGGUGGCAGCAGCCCAGCCGACUGGGGUGGCAGUGGCAGCGGGCACCGGGCAGCCGGCUGGGGGAGCGGCUGCAGCUGGAGGCGUGGUGAGCGGGCCCAGUACAUCGGAGCGGACCAGCCCCGGCACCUCUAGCGCCUACACAAGUGACAGCCCUGGUUCCUAUCACAACGAGGAGGACGAGGAGGAAGACGGGGGUGAGGAGAGCAUGGAUGAGCAGUACCGGCAGAUCUGUAACAUGUACACCAUGUACAGCAUGAUGAACGUCGGACCUACAGCCGAGAAGGUGGAGGCUCUCCCAGAGCAGGUGGCCCCUGAGUCCCGCAAUCGAAUCCGGGUGCGGCAAGACCUGGCGUCCCUCCCCGCUGAGCUCAUCAACCAGAUUGGCAACCGCUGCCACCCCAAGCUAUACGACGAGGGCGAACCCUCUGAGAAGCUGGAGCUGGUGACAGGCACCAACGUGUACAUCACCAGGGCACAGCUCAUGAACUGCCAUGUCAGUGCGGGCACGCGGCACAAGGUCCUGCUGCGGCGGCUCCUGGCCUCCUUCUUUGACCGGAACACACUGGCCAAUAGCUGUGGCACUGGGAUCCGCUCUUCCACCAACAACCCCAGCCGCAAGCCCUUGGACAGCCGCGUCCUCCACGCUGUCAAGUACUACUGCCAGAACUUUGCCCCCAACUUCAAGGAGAGUGAGAUGAACGCCAUUGCAGCCGACAUGUGUACUAACGCCCGCCGUGUCGUGCGCAAGAGCUGGAUGCCCAAGCUCAAGCUGCUCAACGCCGAGGGCGAUGCCUACACAACCUUCAUCAGUGACACGGGCAAGAUAGAGCCAGACAUGAUGGGCGUGGAGCAUGGCUUUGACACAGCCAGCCAUGACGGCGAUGCCGGCCCCUCGACUGAGGCCCUGCAGUAACCCCACCGGACCCUCCCCAUGGAGCCGUCACACUCCCCUUCCCACCAUCCUGGUCACGAGCUACUGUCGGCCCCUCCCCAG